AUGCCCGCGAAGAGCCGCGCCGGCGAAGAGGGCCGACUUCCGGCCGAUUUCCUUGGAGCGGAACCCGAGCCCACGCUGGCGAGGAGCGCCACAGGCCAGCGCACCCGAGCCCGUAGGCCUGAGAGGAAGACGCCCGUGGCCCUGACGAAUCCCCGGCUCCCCUGCUCCGUGGCUCCGACUCGCCGCCGGCCCCGAGCUGGCUAG